AUGCCCCGCAAGCCGGGGGCGAAAGCCCCUUCCUGGGGACCGAAAUCGAAGCCAGCAUCCCCAAACGUGGUCGACACUCCUCCACCACCUGCUCAGCCCGCCAAAGUACCCAAGGGCGACCGCCAACCGCCAACGCUCGAGUCAGGGAUGAGCCUACGCCAAAACCGCAUCUCAGCGGCCAAGCCCGACAUGAAAAAAGCCUCCCGGCGCUCAACGACACAGGCUGCCCAAGACCGCGCAUCUGCAGCUGCCGACAAGGAGACCCGCCUUGCUCAGCGCGAGCAAGGUAAAGUGGACGCCGCAGUGCUCGAGCGAGCGUCUUUGCGCAAAGUGACAACUCCAGCAGAGGCGCUGGACCAUCCGUUGGAGGUGGACUUGCCCGAGAGGCAGUUGCGAGAGCGGCCCAAGGAGCCGCUGAAGCCUGUGGAUUAUGGCGUCGACGAAGAGCCUCGCAAAGACCCAAUCUCCAGCGGCAGCGGGACAGAGGGCGAGUUUCAGCCAGAGAACGAGGAGGAGGAGGAGGAGAGCUCGGAUGAGGUGAUGGAUGUCGACUCGGAAGAAGAACCAGCCCACAAAAAGAAGUCGAAGGCCGUCAAGGGCGACAAGCGUAGGGAAGUCGCUCAUUUACGCGACACUGUCCUCGUUGACAGCGACGACGACGGGGCGCCUCUAUCUGGGAAGCGCAAGACAUCAGCAAGACCGUCAUCGUCUCCAGCAACGCGCAAGAAGGCACGUAAAGUCAGCGGGCUUCAUGCCGGCUGGGAAAACGGUCGCACCAAAACGCCUUCCUACUUCGUUGCUGCCCCAGAGCCUGCGCACGAGCGUGGUCGUUCACGUACACCAGCAUCUCAAUACCACGGCGCUUCAAGCCGUUCUCACUCUGCGGGCUCGGCGCUGUCAGUGCCAAUGUCGGAUUGGCAGGAUUCGGAGCGUGGUGGUAGCAGCGAGCGCCCAUGGGGUAUGCCUUCAGACGAGGACGACAUGGAGGAAAGCAAGUACGCUGACAACGUGGAAGCGGCCGAUGUCAAGGCGGCACGUCAGACGAGCGCUUCUAUUGCAGGGAUUGUGAAGACCGAAAUACCUGGCCUUGUGCCUGUCCGCUCAAUGCCCCAGCACAAUGAAGUUCCCGCUCGCCUCAUACGCCACGAGCACCUGCCUCGCGUUGUCCAGCCGACCUUCUGGCACGAGUAUGGAUCGGAACUUAUCGGGUAUAUGGCUGGGCUGCUCCCACCUUGGGAGCGCCCGACGAAAGAGCAAGUCAUCGAGCUCUAUAACGAGUCCUAUGAUCGCGAGGUGGACCAAAACUCGGAGGAGGCGAGACGGGUGUGGAAACUGAGUAGCGACCGCAUGUCUGAUGUUGCCAACGGCCUCGCUAAGACCGCCCUCGCUGUCAUAGACGCCUACUGUGCCGACAAAACCGCCGCCGAAAUUCAGGCUGACGUUGCGAGGCUGCUCACUAUCAUUCCAUCUGACGACUUCACAGAAUAUCGGCACUUUUUCUUCGAGAGCGUGGAGACGGGGGUGGACGACAUGGGAUCAACGACUUAUAUGCCGACCAAGGUGUUUCGCCACCCGUUUGUAAUCGACACCUUCGCAGCAUUCUGCAAAAUUACGAAGGACACCAACGGCAAUCUGGGCCCACCUUCCUCCGUCAAAGAACGUCCUUGCGCCGCACUCGUCCUGACGGUACAGGCGAUCCAGCGCGCUUUAGAGUGCUGGGAAUCAGGGACACGUUCUAAAACUGUUCCUGCCUUUUCCAAGGACAACUAUGCCCGCCCAGCCGUCGACGAUAUUGCUACGCACAUCAAACUUCACGAGGUUACCGGUAUGCUAUCCUCUGACGCCUGGGACGAUCUCAUUGCACGCUCGCGUGUGGCUGCGACAAAUAUGGGGAAGAAACGAAAGGCCGCAGUGGUGUCUGCUCCUGCUCGUAGUGCGGGGCCAUCUGGUGUACGUGUCGGCCUCCUGGGUGGAUAA